ACGCAAGAUUAUAAAACAUUCAUUUUAUGUAUUCAUUUUGCAGACGCGACGUUUAUUUAUUUCUGAUUACGAUCGCAAGUAUUUUCAAGUUUCCUUAAAAUGCAAGGCGAUUUCGUGAUAUAGUAAAGUUUGGUGUGUAACGUUAUUCUCGUUGCUGUUGAAUAAUAAAUAAAAAAUGUGGUUGAUAAUUUGUCUGGCAAUAAUAUUGAUAGUAAAAAUUGUAAGCGGCUGGCAACGACCACUAAAGUUUCCUCCAGGACCUUGUGGCUUACCGAUCCUAGGGAAUAUACUCGACGUGAAACGUCUCGUCAACGAAACAAAAUUUUAUUCUCACGCUUGGUGUCGUCUAGCCAACAUUUACGGACCCAUUGUUGGCUUGAAACUUGGUAUAGCCGAACCGCUGAUCAUCGUGUCCGGUAGAGAUGCCGUGAUCGAAAUGAUGAAUCGACCUGAAUUCGAUGGUAGGCCUGAUGGAUUUUUACAUAGACACCGGACCGGGGGUGUACGGAGAGGUGUAAUAUUCACUGAUGGCGAUGUCUGGCGAGAUCAAAGAAGAUUUGUUUUGAGAACGUUGAAAGAAUUUGGAUUCGGAAGAAUUGCUAUGGAAGACAUAAUACUAAAGGACGCGGUUUCUUUAACAAGCAUAAUAGAAUCACUGAGCAAAUCAGGACCAAUUACAAAUUUGCAUAAUAUUACCUCGAUAGCCGUCCUCAAUAGUUUAUGGACAUUAGUUGCUGGAUCAAGAUUUGACUUGGACAAAGAAAAUCCUAAACUAAUGGAAAUUUUAUCAAUAGUAAACGAUCUUAUUAGAAACAGUAAUGUUACUGGCGGCAUAUUGACUCAUUUGCCCUUUCUAAGGCACAUUAUGCCUGGAUUUACUGGAUUCACAGUUCUAAAUCAAAGACUGGCACAAACGUCGCAAUUCUUUUGGAGUGAAAUAACGAGACACAAGCAAACCAAAACGCAGGGCGAAUUCAAGGAUUUUAUCGACGUUUAUUUAGCAGAAAUGGACACCAAGCAAUCAAAUUCGGUCAUUUCAUAUUUUGACGAGGAACAAUUAAUUAGCAUCGUAAAAGACCUUUUUACCGCCGGUGUAGAAACAACGAACAACACAAUUGGCUUUAUAAUAACGUACCUCGUAGUGAAGCAAGAUGUGCAGAGAAAAGUACAUGAAGAAAUCGAAAGAGUGCUGGGCAAAGAAGCGCUACCUCGCAUAGCGUACAAAAAUCAACUACCGUAUUUGAACGCGACAAUAGCGGAAGUGUCAAGAUUAGCAAAUGUCGGUCCUACCUCGAUCCCUCAUCGUGCAAUGAUGGACACUACCCUGUUGGGCUACGAGAUAAAAAAGAAUUAUACCUUGUUAGCUAAUUUCAGAAGUGUUCAUAUGGACGAGAAGCAUUGGGGUGAUCCGAGAGAGUUUCGACCGGAAAGAUUUAUUAACGACAAAGGAGAGUACGUCGAGGACCCUUGGGUAAUAACAUUUGGCUUAGGUCGUAGAAAGUGUUUGGGUGAGAUCUUGGCAAGGAACAGCGUAUUUCUAUUCACAGCGUGCCUGCUACAGAAAUUUCACUUCGUAUUAUCUCCAAAUCAUCCUGAUCUCAUCCUAGACGGCGUCGAUGGCUUUACGAUUGCGCCACCUAACAUAAGUAUUAUUGCUAUCAAAAGAACGUAACUGCUUUAAUAUGUACGCUGUAGUAAAUAACUGAUGUAAAAUCCGAGUAAGAAAAUAAAUGAUAUAUUCUUGAAGUAGAAAUUUUUUAUUAAAUAAUGACAAUUUUUCAAGAGGAUUACAAUAAUCGAUCGUCGUACAAUGGCGAUAACUUUUAUUUCAUUUUUAAAUACAAGUUUUUACCUGAAAUAAUAUUAGAAGAUUCUAUAUUUACACUUGAUGUACAAUUAACAGAUUUUCUAUUCACAGGAAAUGCUUAUAAGAAAUCUUUCUAUGCCUCCCAUGUUUCCACAGGAAAAAAGGACAUUAUGUUCGUUUUUAUCAUUGGCCACAAGUUGUACGUUUGGCAUUAAAACGAUUAACUAAUUAUAUAAAUCCUUCGUUCAACUUUACUUGCAUAUAGAGCGCGAUGUAGUAAUGAGAGCGAUAAAUAAUGGAAGACAAUAGAGUUGAGAUAAAAAUCUUAUCAACAGAUCGGUAUCGUCUUCGCAAUAUUAGAAUAAUUAUUUAUCUGUACAUCUAUAAUUCAACGAUUCAAGUCUUCAACCUUAUUGACCAGAAAACUUUUACAGAGAUUAUUACCUCGAGCAAUUAAUUGGCAUAGCAUAAUUUAGCAAUGGAAGUCUCUACCUUCGUAAUAAACAAAAUGUAUACAUAUAUCUUAUAUAGCAAAACAGAAAAUAUAUAAAUGUCAGUUUUGAUUGAUAUAUUAACAUGAUUCCUAAAAAAA